UCAACAGGUACAUGCUGGCUGGCUAGUGACAGAACUACAUUGCUGAGACGACAUUUCUAAACCUGCAAGCAUCAUGUGUUUUGGGGCGUUUUCUAAAUACGUUGGGUACAAGCUGCUCGUCCUUGCCUUGCUGUGCAUUGUGGCAAACAUUUUGCUUUAUUUUCCAAAUGGUGAUACCAGAUAUGCUUCACACAAUUAUCUCGGCAAGUAUGUGGGGUGUCUUCACGGCAUUAUAGGAGGAGGUCUUUUGGUAUUGGUGCCUGCCUUUACAUUCAUUGGAAUAGAAUAUGAUCAUUGCCGUGGAUGCUUUCACCAUGAGAACCAUGGGAGAAGCUGCUCACUGAUCGCAUCAAUCGUGGUAGCCUGUGUUGGAAUUCUUGGUGCUGGAUACUGCUUCAUAAUUUCAGCUCUGGCCUUAGCCCAUGGACCUUACUGCUACACCAGAGAUGUACACAGUGGGUGCUGUCCAUUCUCUGACUCCAGAUACCUGAUGGAGCAUGCUGACUGGCCUCUGUGCCAGGACCCAAGGGCUAUUGUGAAAUGGAAUGUGACCCUUUUCUCUAUCUUGCUUGCCUUGAGUGGGAUUGAGUUAAUUCUGUGCACCAUUCAAAUAAUAAAUGCCUGUAUUGGAGGUGUUUGCACCGCGUGUAAUGGUCACAAUGAGAAAUGCCCUUGCUAGCUUACUUGGUCUUGGAAAAUGGGUUGAGACCAUCUCAAGCUUCACUGUAAUUACGCCUAUAAUUUUGAGCUGACCUGUCAAAAUUUUAUUCCCAUGACUUGUUUUAUAUGACACAUACUGUAAAUGAUUAUUAAGAGAACAUUUGUCUAUGUUCCAUACAUUGUUCCCAAACAGAAUUAUUUUUAAUUUAGAAGAUAACUGGGCAAAGCUGUGUCUUUUAAGUCUUGUGCAAGAUUCCUUCUGAAUGGUCUCAGCUGUUGCCAUGACUUGAAUUUUUUAAAUAACAAUUUGAUCUAUUUUUAAAAAAAAAUUAGUUAGUCUCCUGCUAACUUGGCAAAGAGGCACCUUUUAACAUGGCGAUUCUCUCUAUUUAGCAGGGGGAGAGUAACUGGCCCUAUCUACCCCAGCACAGUACUUCCAGUGACUGUUGCUGGUGUUUAUCUUCUGUUUCUUUUUAGAUUGUGAGCCCUUUGGGGACAGGGAUCCAUUUUAUUUAUCUUAUUUAUUUGUUGUUUCUCUGUGUAAACUGCCCUGAGCCAUUUUUGGAAGGGCGGUAUAGAAAUAAAAAUAGAUAGAUAGAUAGAUAAAAUUAAUUAGGACCACAUUGCUUACACAGGAAUUUAUUUUUGGUGGCCUAAUGCAAGCAACCAAUGGGUCAUUUAGCAUACUAUUAUAGUUUCCCAUCGUUGACCAGGUAAUUUUCAAUUGUAUAUGUUCAUAUGAAUACUGAUUUUCCCCAUGACUGUUUUAUUGGCCCAGAUUCUAGAAGCAAGAAAUAUGGCUUCUAUGGGCUAAUGGUACAAGUUGGGGAAUGGUCAUAUAAGCAAUCCAUCAUUGUUGGAUAUUUAUUCAUAUUCAUAUAGUAGGAUAUUUAUUCUCUGACAUCUGUAGGACAUCUAAAUAUUUUGGGACGUGCAAACCUGAGGAACAGGGAGGGCAUUUUUCUAGAAUGCAAUAUCUUUCUCUACAAAACAAAGCAAGAGAGGUGGAGUGUCAGGAAGAAAAU